AUGCAAUUUCACAACAAUAAUAGUCGUGGGCAAGAAUUCGUGAGCGGUGUCUCGCCAGAUACCAAGCUCCUAUCUUGGGAAACUUUAUGGAAUUCUUUAACAUGCAUAACCUUCAUUACUUCGAUUGCAUUAUUACUACUAUUGUUCUUUUUAAUACACAACCAUGUCACGACUGUAAAGAAUCCCAAUAAAUUCAAACUGGUCGAAGAAAAUGCAUCAUCAGUAUUACUGGAACAACAACAGCAAACACAGCCUUCAAUAUCACCAACACGACACCGCAAAAUCUAUUUUCCGUCGAGAAUUUUCACAACUCCGUUCGGAGAUCAACGACGUUUUUAUCAGAUGUCAAUCGAACAAAAAUAUAGAAGACAAUCAGAAUUACCACCGUAUGAGCGAAGUCGACCGCCAUUAAGUUCGCCAUUAUCUCCAAGUCGAUAUAAAGAUGAUAAGCAAGUUAUUCCUGUACUUUCAAAUCGAUUUCUAGUCAAACCGAAAAAUCAUAUUUCAAUGGAAGGAUCGUCAAAAAAAAGAUUCCUUUACGCCGCUCGAAACCGCGAGGAGAGAUCUUAUGAAGAGGCUGUCGAAAAAAUGAUUAAUCAAUUAUCCAAUCUUUCAAUAGCUGAUUCGUCAAUACAGCAGGAAAAUUCAAACUCGCAAGAAAUUGUCGCGUCAGCUUCACACAUCUGGCCUGAAUCAUCGUAUUUAGUUUCAUCGUCAGAUUAUCACUGCCUCCUUAAAAGAAUGUAA